AUGGCAAGGCUGGAAGCCGAUGCCGCUUUUGACUCGUGUCUAUCAAACGGUAAUAUCGUGACUCGUUGGUUCGCUCGUCCAAUCAUGACUUUCUUUGUGAAAACUUUCGCCACAACUCCCUCAACAGCUUACGAAUUUUCGGAAACAUUCAAGAACACGACUGCUAAUUUCAUCAUUUCACAAACAACUACUUCUUUUGAGUUUGAAAAUGUCACAGAAAGCUCUGUCAAUGAAACAAAGCUAAAAUUGAUUGAGAUUUCCUCUGGAGAAGAGGUUGUUAUCUAU